AUGGAUCAGUAUUCCCCUCCAAAGGGAGGGGCGUCUUCUCCAGCUGCCUCUCGUGAACCUCGAUUACAUCUUCCCUCCACGACCGACCCUCCAGGCCCCCAGAACCCUCCCAAACCGCUCGUAUGGCUGAUCUUCGGCGCCACAGGUCAUAUGGGCCGUUCACUCGUGAAAAUCGCCCUAUCGCGCAACGACCUAGUCUCAGCCGUAGGCCGCACCUACGAAAACAGCCCAGAAGCCAUGAAAGAGCUCGAGGACGAACACGAGAACUGCCUCGGCCUCCUAUGCGACGUCCGCGCGCGCGAAACCGUCAAAUGUGUAAUUGACCAAACCAUCGCGCGCUUCGGCCGCAUUGACGUAAUCGCCAACUGCUCCGGAUACGGCGUAAUCGGCGCCUGCGAAGACCAAGACGAGUUCGACAUUCGCAAUCAAUUCGAGACCAAUUUUACAGGAACAUUGAACAUGAUUCAGCUAUCGCUCCCGCACUUCAGAGAGCGGCGGGCAGGCCGGUAUCUCAUUUUCAGCUCGACGUCUGGCGCGCUCGGCGUGCCGGGGCUGGGUCCGUACUGCGCGUCGAAGUAUGCGGUUGAGGGCUUGAUGGAGAGUAUGUUGUAUGAGGUGGAUAGUUUCAAUAUUAAGGGGACGCUGGUUGAGCCGGGUCACAUGCGCCGCGAUGAUAUCGGGGAUCUGGUCUCGCCCUCGUUUAUGGCUGCUAACCCCACUGAACAUAACCUCUCCUCGCCGCUGCCUUUGUACGGUCAUUUUCUGGUCAAGCCGCCCAGUGAGCCGUAUAAUACGUCUACUUCGCCUGCAGCGCAUGCGCGACGCAUGCUGAUGUGGCUUGGUGACAAGCAGCCUGCUUCUGCUGUGAAAGCGGCCCACCUUGUCUGGGAACUUGGGCACUGUUCUUACCCUCCCUUGAGAUUGAUUCUCGGUACCUACGCCGUCGAAAGUAUUCGGGAUAGAUUAAAGUGCAUUAUUGAGGAGAUUGAGGAUUGGAAGCACCUGAGUUUUCCAUUGGGGGAAACGCAACCUGGGCCGGGUGAAAGAUCAUCUACGCAGACUGAAGGCAAUGAUGCCGGCAGCAAUGCGGGAUGA